AUGAGCAAAAACAAAACACACUACGAAGUGUUAAAGGUGAAUUCUGCAGUACAAUUGCCCGAACUGAAACUGAGGUAUAAAGAAUUACUACUCAAUACGCAUCCCGAUAAGCUAGGAUCAGCACAGGAUUCAGAAAGCGUAUGGCGCGAUAGGAAAGUAACCAUAAAUCAUAUACAGGAGGCGUACAAAGUGCUGUCGGAUGCAACGUUAAAAGCUGAAUAUGACAAAUCUCUGCUGGACAACGCCAAGAAAAAUGGAGUCUACAAGUUCGGGGAAGGUGUAGACGAAGUCUCACUGGAUAAGUUUGGUUUUGACGAGAAGGAUGAAGGGUACAUACUGAACUGUCCCAGAUGUCAAGUGCACGAUGGGUUCAAGUUGACCGAUGAUCUGUUAGAGGAGUACGCUGUGGAAGCAGAGGGAAGAACGGACGGCAUGUUCCAAGUUUUGACGCAAUGCACAGCGUGUAGUCUAUGGUUGAAGGUGAAUUUCUAUGAGGCACCAGAAGUGGAUGGAGAUCUUGAGAACGAAACAGACGUUCACGGUACGAUACCUCAGUAG